AUGGUAGUCCUAGGAUUACUUGCUUGUUUCAUCAUGGCUAAUCAUGUCGAAAUCGGUCACUCGUUGCAUGUGGAACGGUUAGCUAGCGGUGGAGCUCGGGAUCGCGAUUCUCACGUUAGAAAAUUGCAAGAAUUUAAAUCGUAUUUCUUCCGACGCGAACACACUACGGUCUCACUUUCUUCGUCUUCAUCUCCAUCUCCAUCUCCAUCUCCAUCUUCGCCCGGAAGAACCGGUUCAGGAGUUUUUCCGGUGACCGCUUACGGUGCAGAUCCAACCGGAAAAACCGAUAGCACGGAUGCGAUUCUUGAAGCGAUUUCGGAUGCGGUUUCCGGCAACGGAGAUGGGUUUUUGAUGGAAGGAAUUAGGAACCUCGGCGGCGUACAGAUAAACCUUGAAGGGGGGGUUUACAAGAUCAGCCGGCCGAUUAAACUUCCGGUCGCCGGCCGAGGGAACAUGCAGAUAUAUGGCGGGACUCUAAAAGCAUCUGAUAACUUCACAACCGAUGGCUACUUGAUAGAUUUGUCAUUUUCUUCUUCUUCGAAUCGUGAUUACAGUUACGAGUUCAUAACGCUUAGAGACUUAAUGGUGGAUUGCAAUUUUAAAGGCGGCGGAAUUCGAUUGAUAGACGCCCUCAGAACCACCAUCGACAACUGUUACGUCGCCCAUUUCACCACCACCGGAAUCCUAGUACAAGGCGGUCACGAGACUUACAUCCGCAACUCGUUCCUAGGCCAACAUAUCACCGCCGGCGGUGACCCUCACGAACGCAACUUCACCGGCACCGCCAUCGACCUACAGGGAAACGACAAUGCCGUCACGGAUGUCGUAAUUUUCUCGGCGGAAGUCGGGAUCGCAAUUUCCGGCCAAGCGAACAUGAUCACUGGCGUACAUUGCUACAACAAGGCUAAUGGUUUUGGUGGCAUCGGAAUACUUUUAAAGGUACCCGGAAUUACACAGACUAGAAUCGUUAAUUCUUACUUUGAUUACACCGGAAUAGUGGCAGAAGAUCCGGUACAACUUCACAUUUCCGAUUGUUUCUUCCUCGGGGACUCGUUUAUCGUUCUGAAGUCCGUUCGUGGAGUUGUGAACGGGAUAAACAUCAUAAAUAACAUGUUUUCCGGCUCAAAUAAAGGAAUUGAUAUCGUUCAGUUGGAUCAAACAAACGAGGAGUUCAAAGAAAUAGGUCAUGUGGUUGUUGACAAGAAUAACGUGAACGGGAUGAACCUCAAGGCGACCAUUGCUAAAGGCGUAACAAGAGUCAAUGGGACCUCGUGGAUCGUCGAUUUUAACGAGAUACUUCUUUUCCCUAGACGUAUACGAUUUGUGCAGCAUGCGUUGUUGACGGGCGCAAGUAACUCAUUUCCCAACACUGUUUUACGCAAUAUCUCAAAUAAUCAAGUACUGAUCGAGUCCGAUACGAUAGUUGAAGGAAGUGUGUCCGUCAGUGUCGAUCAAAGUCCAUCGAUCUCGAGUUAA